CCACCACCACUCAAGCCUGCACCUGCCCUCUACCGCUAUCAAUCUAGCGUAAACUCUUAGAAUAAAGUUCAAAAUCUUUAACUCAGCAGCCUGCAUAGUCUGGCUGUCACCAACCUCCUCAUCCUAUUUUUGUGCCCACAUCUCUCUAGUUCUCUGUAGUUUCGUUCAGUUUCUCAAAAAUUUCAACUUUCUCCUCAGCUUAGUUCUUCAUCACCUGUUAUUCCCUAUUCCUGGAAAGCUACUUCUCCAGCUCUCUGCUUGGAUAGCUCUUUCUCAUCUAUCAGGCUCAGCUUAAAAGAUCAUCACUUCCUCAGGGCAGCCUUUCCCAUGAAGGUUAGCUUUCCUUCAUGUGCUGUCAUUACAUCUUACAUUAUGGUACUGUUUAAAUGCAGCUGUAUGAUUAUCUGUGUAACUGUAAGCUCCUUGGGGUUUUACAGCUGCCCUUUUCCGGCGUCCCCAGCGCCUGGCGCAUAACAAGCGUUCCAUACAUAUUUGUUGAGUAAAAGAAUGUUGAUGGAGGUGGGAUUCUAACAUAGGGCUACUUCAGAGCCUGGGGCCCUCGCCUCCGCCGCUCUGUUUCUGUGCUUUCUCGUAGACAAAUAGUGAAAGUAGGAAAUGACAGAGAUUCACGGUUCCCAGAGCCCCAGUCCGGACUGAAUUCUAAAGGGGAGGGGUGGGGGUGGAGUGGGGCACCUGCCUUGGAGGAAUCUAAGCCGCCGCGAGCAUCCCUGGCACCGGUGGGAGGCCCCGCCCUCGGAAGCACAGGAGCGCCCCCUCGCGGCGCGGCCCCGCUGUCCCAGGCCCCGGGUACCAACGGCUUCGGCCCGCGCCGGGGCAGCGGGACUUAAGCAAAGGCCCGGGCUCCCAGGAGAGCCUGGAGGCCGCGCGGGGCGAGCAGGCCUCCCAGGCCCUCGGCUCCGGAGAGCCCCUCCCAGUCCUCCCUGCAGCGGCUACCCUCGCCCUCGCCCACGCAGGGCUCCUGACGUUGGCUUCGGGCCCGAGACCAGUCAUUCAAAACGACCACUGUCCUCGGCCCCGGGAAUACUCCAAAGACCGGCAUGGACGCAGCUCUCCUCUCCUGAACAAGCAAACUAUCAUCUCAAGAGUUGGUUUCUUCCCUUUCCUUGUCCCUUCCCUUUUCCGGUGUCCAGUGGGCAUAGGUCUUGAACUUGAGGAUGGACAGACCUGGGAUGGUUCUGAUUCGGAAGGUGUGAAACCUCAGGCCCAUCCUGUAACCUUCCUAGUCUCGUUUCUGCGUCUAUAAAGUGGGGCUCCCAGCGCCUCUCUCGCUGAGCAGCAUCUGACUUUUUCAGAAACAGAAACUCUCUGGCUCCACUCCAACCAACUGGAUCGGAAACUCUAGGAAACUUCAAAAAGGACACACUAGAAUUAAUUAGAAAUGUUAAGAUUGCCCAAAAAAGGAUCACCUAGAUUUGAUCAAAUUCAAGAUGAAGAAACUUACCUGGAGAAUUUAGCAGUACAGAGAAAUGCUUCUGCUUUUUUUGAAAAAUAUGAUCGGAGUGAAGUUCAAGAGUUGCUGACUACUGCACUAGUUAGCUGGUUGUCUGCCAAAGAAGAUGUCUGCUCUCAACUAGACAUCCCGUAUGGAAUUAUGAGUCAAAUAAAUAAUGUAGCCUUCUCCACUGCAAUCCUACUAACUCCUGUAGACCCUACUGCCCUCUUAGACUACAGAGAAGUCCAUCAAAUCAUAAGGGAAUUGGCUGUUGGAAUUUAUUGCUUAAAUCAAAUUCCUUCAAUCAGUUUAGAAGCUAAUUAUGAUCAGAGUUCUUCUUGUCAAUUACCUCCAGCUUAUUAUGAUACCAGAAUUGGGCAAAUUCUGAUCAAUAUUGACUACAUGUUGAAAGCACUAUGGCAUGGAAUAUAUAUGCCCAAAGAAAAACGAGCUAGAUUCUCUGAAUUGUGGCGUACCAUCAUGGACAUUGAUCCAGAUGGGAAGCCUCAAACAAAUAGAGAUAUUUUUGCAGAGUUUAGUUCAGCAGGCUUGAUAGAUAUUACAAAGGAUCCAGACUUUGAUGGCAUCUAUGAUGAAGACAUGAAUGAAGAUCCAACAUAUAAUCCCAAUAGUCCUGAAGAAAAAGCUGUAUUUAUGAAAUAUGCUGAAAAUAUUCUACUAAAGUUGACAUUCAGUACCACACAAGUUCAACAGUGUGAAAAUGUUUUCAUAUUUGAAACAGCCUAUUGGCUUACUAAUGCUGUAAAAUAUAAUCAGGAUUAUCUUGACAUUUGUACCUAUCAGAGAUUACAGCAAAGGUUGUAUCUCCAAAAAAAGAUUAUUCAAAAACACUUUGAGAAGAAAACAGAAAUCAGGAAAGGGAUAGGAUACCUAAAGUUAAUAUGUUUUCUGACUCCAUUUCUGCUGAGUUUAAAAAAGAAGAUGAAAGUUCCAUAUUUACGUAGUCUGCUUCAGCCUUUUUCAGAUGACAAGGUCAAGACAGAGCGAGAAUUGCCUCCAUUUAUAUAUGGACGAGAUUUUAAAUGCCAGAAUUUUCACUACAAAGAGGAUCAGUAUUUUCAUGUUCAUGGAGGAAUUGAAUUUGAUAUCAGCACUCCUUCAAUUGAGAAUGCUUUGGAAGAUUUUAAGAACAAUUUAGAAAAAAUACGGGAUUGUGCUGCUAAUACAUUUGCAGAAGAUUCAGGAUACAAAGAACAUUACUCAAUACCAAUCAUGAAAUUAAAUGGAAAAAGCUACUAUGUGAUCAGUUUUGAACUUGAAACUUUUUAUCAGCAACUAUAUAAGACACAGUGGUGGGGAGCCAUAAAUGAAAUAAUGAACAAUCUGAGACUGAAAAGACUUCCACUGACAGAUGAUCAAUUACAUGAACAAUUUAAGAAAAAAUUUGGUUUCAAAAAAGCUAUGAAAUGCAAGAGUAUCCCAUUUGGUAUGAAGUCAGCUGUUGAAAGAGGAUUAUCUGCUGUUUUCCAUACAUUUAGCCGUAAAAUUUCAAGUUCGACAAUCAAUGUUUCAGAUGAGGCAGGUUAUGCUAUUUUCCAUCAAGCUGCUCUGCACAACAGAGUUCCAAUCAUAUGUCAACUGUGCAAUGCCAACUUCAAUGUCAACCAGAGACGCUUUAUUAUACUUAGCCAAGGUCCAACACCUCUACACCUGGCAGCACAGGCUUGCUCAUUAGAAACAACCAUCUGUCUACUUUGUUUCAAAGCUGAUUACACACUUUCUGAAAAAAGAGGCUGGAUGCCAAUUCACUUUGCUGCUUUCUAUGACAAUAUCUGCAUCAUAAUUGUUCUCUGUAGGAAGGAUCCUAGUUUACUAGAAGCUGAGGCAACAGCUGAGAAUCAGUGUACUCCACUGUUACUUGCUGCCACUUCGGGAGCACUGGACACUAUUCAGUACCUACUUUCUCUUGGAGCUAACUGGAGAAAAACAGAUAGUAAAGGAAAUAAUAUAAUUCAUUUAGCAGUGCUGAACUUUCACACGGAGGUUCUCAAGCAUGUAAUAGAGUUAAAUAUUCCUGAACUCCCAGUUUGGAAAACUUUGGUAGAAAUGUUGCAGUGCGAAAGCUAUAAACGAAGGAUGAUGGCUGUCAUGUCUUUAGAAGUAAUCUGCUUAGCAAAUGAUGAAUACUGGAAAUGUAUUUUGGAUGCAGGCACCAUUCCUGCCUUAAUCAAUCUAUUAAAAGGUUCCAAAAUAAAAUUACAGUGCAAAACAGUUGGGUUAUUGAGUAAUAUCUCAACCCAUGCAGAGAUAGUGCAUGCUCUAGUAGAAGGAGGAGCCAUUCCAGCUUUGAUCAACCUACUGGUUUCUGAUGAACCCGAACUACACUCUCGGUGUGCUGUCAUUCUCUAUGAUAUCGCUCAACUUGAAAACAAGGAUGUUAUUGCCAAAUAUAAUGGAAUUCCAGCUCUGAUAAAUCUUUUGAACUUAGACAUAGAAAGCGUGCUAGUAAAUGCAAUGAACUGUCUACGGGUAUUAUGUAUGGGAAACAAAAACAAUCAAAGAGCAGUGAGAGACCAUAAAGGCAUCCCAUAUCUUAUCACAUUUCUGAGUUCUGAUUCAGAUUUAUUUAACUGGUUCUUGAAUUCAUUUGAAGAUGUGUUGACAGCUGUAUCGUCUGUUACCAUUGCUGAGGUUGCACGUGACAAUAAGGAAGUUCAGGAUGCUAUGGCUCUGGAAGGAGCCAUUCCUCCUCUGGUGGCUCUUUUUAUAGGAAAACAGCUUGGUGUUCAAGUGAAGGGUGCAAUGGCUGUGGAAGCACUGGCAAGUUACAACCCUGCUAUACAGAGAGCAUUUCUGGAAAAAUCAUUAAGUAAAUAUCUUUUAAAACUCCUCAAGGCAUUUCAAAUAGACGUUAAGGAACAAGGAGCUGCAGCACUUUGGGCCUUGGCAGGACAAACACUAAAACAACAAAAGUAUAUGGCAGAACAGAUUGGAUACAACUUUAUAAUAAAUAUGCUUUUAUCACCAUCAGCUAAAAUGCAGUAUGUUGGUGGUGAAGCAGUCAUAGCACUAAGUAAGGACAGCAGGAUACACCAAAAUCAAAUAUGUGAAGGGAAUGGAAUUGCACCACUGGUUCGCUUACUAAGGAUUAGUAAAAUAGCUGAAGGAACACUUCUGAGUGUCAUCAAAGCAGUGGGAUCCAUCUGUAUUGGUGUCGCCCAUACAAGCAAUCCCAUUAGUCAACAAUUUGUUGUAGAAGAAAAUGCCUUUCCAGUACUUAUCCAACUACUGAGAAAUCACCCUUCUCCUAACAUUAAGGUUGAAGUGGCAUUUUCCUUGGCAUGCAUUGUCCUAAGGAAUGAUCAGUUACAGAAAGAAUUACAAGAAAAUGAAGGAUUUAAUUAUGCUGACGUCCUUUAUCUUCUUCACUCACAAGAUAAGGAUAUUUGUUUAAGAGCAGGCUAUGCGUUAACCCUUUUUGCCUUCAAUAGUCGCUUUCAACAAUACUUAAUAUUGGAAAGUGGAAUAAUGACCAUAUCAACUUUUGAACCUUUUCUUGAAUCAACAUUUGAAACUGAGAAGGCAAUGGCAGCUUUUCAGAUUAUUAUAUUAGCUAAAGUCAUUAUAGAUGUGGACCACAUUACUUUGACUGCAAGAGGUGUUACUAUUUUAGCUGAUAGUCUAUAUUCAGUUCAUUCCACUACUAUUGUCUUGACAGGGAAUUUAAUAGCUACCCUGGCUCAUUCUAGAGCUGGUAUUCCAGAAGCAUUUACCACAUUAGGGACAAUCCAACGGCUCUGCUACCAUUUGUACUCAAGUCAAGAAGAGGUUCGCACGGCUUGCUCCAGUGCUCUUGGCUACUUAACUUACAAUGCAAAUGCUUUCCGAAUCUUAUUAAAGGAAUGCAGGAAUAAGCCUAAUCAGUUCCUUCGUAUAACAAAGAAUAUCAACAGAGAUGCAAGUAUAAACCCAGCAUUUUUAAAGGAAUUUCAAAUGCAACAAAGAGUGGGACUUCCUUCCUUAAGUCUGGAGAAAAAUGGAGGACCAUCCAUAAUUCCUGUCUUUAAAAAAGGGAAAGAGCACCGAAGAAAAUUAAAACCCAAAAGUCGACCAAGAGAUUCUUUGACUUUUAUACCUCCUGUAACUAACUUCAUGGGACUCUUCAAAACAAAAAAGACCACUGUUUCUCAAAAUAUUUUUUCCUUUUCAUCUGUAAUUUCAUCAGAUAUCACAACUGUAUCAAGACCAAGAAUAGUGCUUUUGAGCCAACUUGGGAAACAUGUACAGAAAGCUAAUCCAGAGCCUGCAGAAGGCUAAUUAAAAACAUUUUAGUGUAAAAGGAUUCCUGAGCAAUUUUUUAAAUUUUUUUAUUUUUUAAUUGUGGUAAAAUAUACAUAACUGAGUAAUCUUUUUGAAUGGAAGUUCUUGAUAUUGAUACUUAACAAAUUUUCCUUAGCAUGUCUACUGGAAUUUAACAUCAGGUCAGAAUUAUGGUUUCAAAAAAUAUGUAGAAUUUUCUAUAAUAGAAUGCCUGCACUUAAAACUAUUAAGAUAUAGCAACUGACACAAUGGCAAAAUUAGUGUAUAUAUCAAGUGUUAGAAACAUUUUUAAAUUGGUAUGCUGGGCUAAAAAGACCUGAUUCAAAGUAGCCUACAUGUUAACACUCACUGUACUACCUUAAGAUAUUUAAUGAUAAAUACUAUAGGUACACGAGUCUUCUAAAAUCUGAAAUGUAUACUUCUAAAAAUAUUUUACUAAAAAAAAAUCUGAAAUCAUUUCCCAUCAAGCACAAAAGUAUGGCUAAAAAGUGUGGCCACCACUGUUGACUAUUCUCCAUAGGUACAGAGUAUCUUUGGUUUGCAGCUGGAAUAGAUGACAUUCUUUGUGGCUUAGAAUCAUGUGAUGUCUUUGCCCAACCAGUAUUGUUUCCAGUAGGUGCAAGUUUUGAUGUAUGUCUGCUUCUCACAUUUUUACAGCAGCAAAUGGAUUUGAUAUAAAAGCUAACUAGGUUUUAGUGGGUCCUUUAAAGAGCCACCGUUUUUCCUCUGUCCACUUGCUCAAUUGUCUCUAUAGUCUACCUGGGCUGCAGAGAACACAUACAUUAAUUAGCAGUUAUUUUCUCCAACAUAGCUUAACAUAACAGUAAUGGUGGUGGUGACUGCAGCUACAGGUACUCAGGGCUUUCUGUGUGCCGCAGUCCAAAGCCUGUGCUCUUAACCACUGUACAAUAAGAGACCUCUUUAAUCUUCAAAUUCGAUUCAAAAUUAUCUUAAUAUCUCUGAGUCACAACUUCCUGGUGGAAUUCUGAGAAGAAUAGCAUAUUUUAUACUAGAAAGGGAUAAAUAAUUCAAAUGAUACAAACCUGUGUCAUUUAUUCAGCAUUGUUAAGAAUUCAUAUCAUUGGAAACAUUUAAGCCUCUGUAGACAUUAAAAAAAAAAAGCCUUUAGACAGCAAACUUUGAGCUUUGAAACUGGCUUCAGGUGGUUUCAAAGUUGAUGAUCAGGGUUUUUAUGCAUUCAAUAACAUAGACAUUUCCUGAGUACCCUGGCCUAGCCGGACCAUCCUACCACGCUUAAAACUUUACAGUAUUUCUCCUUAAGUACAGCCCCAAAGUACAGAUUACUUUUAUUACCCUGCACUUUCUUUUUAUUUUUAAAAAUUAUACAUAAGAUGAGAAAGGCCUCAAUACAGAGAGAGUUUCAGCAAAUUGCCUGCCUCUUACCUGUACUAUAAGCUAACUUUGGCACACAUGCUUUCCAAUAUAGAGUUUGAUGUUUCUUCCUUUUUCUUCCUUCCUUCUGGCUAAUAUACUGAAAGACCUAAAUAUAUGGAAUGCUUCCAGAAUUUGCUUGUAUUCUUUAUCUGUAGUUUACCUGAUUUAUAUCAUGAACUUAAUUUUGACAUGUGUGUUUGUAGCAUCUGGAAGAGUUAAAUACUUUGAAAUUUUAAGAACUUAGAUUAUAGAUAUUCCUAUUUUAUAAAAUUUGUGAUGGUGGGAAAAAAUUUUGGUCAAUUUUCUUCCAUAGUUUAUAUGCACUCUUAUUGUAACAGCCAAAGGAAAUACACUUUUACACUUUCUGUGAAUUUAGAUUCACAUAAUACAGAAUACAAAUCCAAAUGUAAAAGGUGAAUUCAAAAACUAAUAGUUUCUUCUAAAUUAUAGUUACAAACCAAUUAUAUCAUACCUAUACCUCAACAUCAAAGAAUGUAAGCUUUAUAAAUGUUGCUGUUUCUAUACGUUCUCUCAUAUAAAUUAUAUUUCCAGGAUAAAAUGGAGGAUCAUAAAGCAAUAUUCUGUGAUCACAAUUCUAGAAAAAAGAAUUACUUAUGGAAUUUCCCAAAAGGGAAGGUCACCUUAAGGAAGGAUUAAAAUAAGAAAUCUUCUCAUUCUAGAUUUUUAUCCUUACCCUCUAGUUUCUCAAUAAAGCAAGUCACUGACUAGAAAAUUAACAACUUGAUCAAGUAUGGAUGAUGUAACAUAAAUCUCUACUAGCAAAAUCUCUCAAAGGACAUUAAAUAGUUAGUAGCAUCAUCCUUAUAUUCAAAGGACAGUACAUUCAGUUAUUUUAAUCUGGGCAGAAAAAAAGUCAUGAACUGUUAUGAUAUCUGAAGUAAAAGUCAGAGUCACGGCUUCCCUGGUGGUGCAGUGGUUGAGAGUCUGCCUGCCGAUGCAGGGGACACAGGUUCGUGCCCCGGUCCGGGAAG